AUGAAGCUGGAUGAGAGUACCAAAAUCUUAAUUUCUUUUACUAUUUUUCCCAACUUUUCUCUCUCACAUUUCCCAACUCUUUUCCCAACUUUUCUCUCUCAUUUUUUCCCAACUUUUCUCUCUCACAUUUUUUCCCAACUUUUCUCUCACAUUUUUCCCAUUUUUCCCCAACUUUUCUCUCUCACAUUUUCCCAACUUUUCUCUCCCAACUUUUCACAUUUUUCCCAACUUUUCUCUCUCACAUUUUCCCAACUUUUCUCUCUCAUUUUCCCAACUUUUCUCUCUCAUUUUUCUCCCAACUUUUCUCUCACAUUUUUCCCAACUUUUCUCUCUCACAUUUUUCCCAACUUUUCUCUCUCACAUUUUUCCCAACUUUUCUCUCUCACAUUUUUCCCAACUUUUCUCUCUCACAUUUUUCCCAACUUUUCUCUCUCACAUUUUUCCCAACUUUUCUCUCACAUUUUUCUCUACUCUAAAUUUUUUUCCUCCCAUUACGCUUUCCUGUAA